AUGUCGACUUUCGAUUCGCAAUCUACGACGCCUGCCAGGACUAGCUUGGACUAUGACACGCGCCAGGCCGGCCGUCUAGAGACAAUACCAAGUGGUCUACACGACGAAAAAUUCAAUGAAGAUCCUGAAAAACGCCCCGAAUCCCGCUCAAGUUCGAGAACCAAGGCAGAAGAUGUAGAGGCAGAAGUGGCGCUGGAGGCCGGCCCAAGCGAUAACAACAAUCCAGGCAAGGAAGAACCAAAGCCUGCCGCAAAAGAUCCCAAUCUAGUGGAAUGGGACGGCCCUGACGAUCCUGAAAACCCUCAGAACUUACCUGUUGCGAGGAAGUGGGCAAUCACCAUGUUGCUCUCUUCACUGACAGUUUGGAUCACAUUCUCAACCAGUGUGUUCAGCCAGGCCACCGAGGUCACGGCUGUCUUGUACGGCGUGUCAACCGAGGUUAUGAUUUUGGCAACCAGUCUUCCGCUUUUUGGUUUCGCAAUGGGCCCACUACUCUGGGGACCUUUCUCUGAGUUAUACGGCAGGAAGAGGCCAUUAUUCUUUGGCUAUGUCGUUUUUAUCAUCUUCCAGAUCCCCGUUGCUGUGGCCCAGAAUGUGGAGACCAUCAUGCUUUCUCGGUUUUUUAUUGGUUUCUUUGGCUGUUCUCCCUUGGCUAUUGUCGGAGGAGUAUUAGCUGAUAUCUGGAACCCUAUUGAUCGUGGUGUUGCAAUGGCUUUUUUUGCCGGCGCUACCUUUGGCGGUCCUACUCUAGGCCCUAUCUUGGGUGGCUUUAUUGUUGAUUCUUACCUCGGCUGGCGGUGGACGGCCUGGAUCACAUUGAUCGCGGCUGCGUUCUUCGCAUGUAUUGCUUUUAUAAUCGUCCCCGAAACGUUUGGCCCGGUCAUUCUCCAGAAGCGCGCAGCUCGCCUACGGGUAGAGACCAAAAAUUGGGCAUACCACAGUACACUAGACGAGAACCCUCCCAGGCCAAAGGAUUUUAUUACCCGAUACGCGAUGCGCCCGUUUGAAAUGCUCAUGCUGGAGCCUAUUUUGGUCUGCAUCACCAUCUACCUCGCCUUGAUCUACGGAAUCAUGUACUUGCUCUUUGAGGCGUUUCCAUAUUCCUACCAAGAAAUCCGCGGCUGGAAGAGUGCGGGAGUGGCUGCUCUGCCGUUCUUGGGCAUCCUGAUCGGAGUCAUCUUGGGAUGUGCCUACAUCACCUACUUGACCAAGACCAGGUUUGCACAAAGGCUGAAAAAGGAAGGCCGUGUGGUCCCGGAGGAACGACUUGUUCCUAUGUUCGCUGGCAGCAUCGCAUUGCCGAUCGGCUUAUUCUGGUUCGGCUGGACUUCCAACAAGGACAUCAUUUGGGUGCCGCAAGCGCUCUCGGCCAUACCCAUUGGCUUCGGCAUCCUCAUCAUCUUCAUGCAAGGUCUCAACUACAUCAUCGAUGUGUAUCUGAUGUUCGCUAACUCGGGCAUUGCCGCCAACACCUUGGUCCGUAGCUUGGUAGGCGGCGGAUUCCCGCUCUUUGCUGAUCAGAUGUACGAAAGACUGGGUGUUCCCUGGGCGUCUAGUCUUCUCGCGUUUCUGACUCUUGCUAUGGUGCCGAUUCCAGUUUUGUUCUACAUGUAUGGCGCCAGAAUCCGCAGCCUCAGCCGUUUCAACCCAAGGCUGUAG